GAGAUAAUUAAGGAAAGGAGGAUUUAAAUGGUAAUUUCGCUAAGCGACUUAAACGUAAUUAUGCGUAUAAUACAUUAGUCGACAUUAAUGUUCCUUAGAAUAAUAAUCAAGAAGAAGACUAUUUUUAUAUUAUGCACGUGCGUUUUCCUAUAUCACUUAUCGAGAAAAAUAUUUCCCAUUCGUAUCGACCCGUCGGAGGAUGCUUUCUUAUCGGUUCAUCUGUGUCCCGCUUGCUACGGUCAGAACAUAUGCCCCAUCUUCUACCACAAUGACUUUCACUUCGUCGGCGCCAGCAAACUUCGAAUAUCUCGACUCUUCAACGAAAAAAACGUCUAUUACGGACAGGUAAGGAAUCGCAAAGUCGUGGCCAAGAAAUUAGCCCACGAUUCUGAACUGAAAGAAACCGAUCAACACCUAUGCAACGUGGCUACCGGAAUAUCCGACUGUGAUGUCAGAGAAGCUGUGAUAAAAAUCGUUUCCCGCAGCGCCCGUCUUCCCAAGAACCGGAGACUGUCCGAAGUGGUCGCCCGGGUGGGCGGACUGACCGACGCGGUCAGGUGCCCCUCCGAGAGGUUCCUGACUUACCUGCACGACAGGAUAAUAGGAGGCAAGGACGGUCCGCCGUACGAGGAGGCGUUGGCCGAACUGGCGUACGGCCUGAGCGUCAAUCCCGAACACUUGAUACUGGAAUCUUUUCCACAAAGUGAAGGUUGGCCAUUUUCGCAAUACUGGGGUGCCUGUGGACGUGUUGUGGUUGAGGAAUUCGUGGGCUAUUCAUUGCACGAUUAUGAAGAUGGAACUUGGGAUCAGCGUUUACAUUUGGCAUAUCAAUUGUUACAGAUAGCAGAUUUAUUAACUCAUAAUCAGCUAGGUUUUGCCAUGUACAUGACUGAUGUUAACAUGGACAAUUUUGCCGUUCAGCCGGAUGGAACGCUUUUUAUGAUAGAUGUUGAAAACAUUAUUUUUGUGGAUCUGAAAAAAUUGCAACAAGAUAAACCACCGAAUUGGAACGUUUUCCAUACAAAUUGGGGCGAAGGAUGUAAAGACUGUCUGAGUUUUUCCGAAGAAGACCUCUGCUCCAGGCUGGUUUCCGAUCAUAACUAUUACGCAAUAUGCAAGGGUAUUUUAACACCUGAUUCUUAUUAUUCUCCCCGAGGUUUUUUACACGAUAUUCCCCCCGACGUGGACAGAACUACGAAUUUAUCCUAUUUGUUAUCGCAAUGUUCGAUGCCCGAAGUCGAAGGAGGUCGCUUCGAAGUGGUUCCAAAGUUAUUGCAGACCAUGCAGUCGCUCUUGUAAUAUACGCUAACGAUCUGUGAUAUCGUCUACCAGUGUUUAAAUAUCACUUUAAAACUUCUUCGGUAAAAAAAAAAAAAUCAUUUGUACACAAUAUAUACCUUAAUUUUUAAAUAUUUAAAUAAAAUGUCCCCGACGAUAAUUACUCGUUUGUAGAUUAUUUCGUGUAAUUACUUCUCGUGAUAAAAAUGAGAAAUCAGAGUGCGUUGCGGCUGUUAUACGUUAUUUAAGUGAAAUGACUUUAAUUAAAAGUAGGGAAUAUAACCGGACGAAGAAAGUUUGCAGACACUUUCACGUUGUGAGUCAUAUUUGUUUGCGGUAUGGUCCUCUUUACUGCUCUGUGUACGAGUGGUUAAGGGUGCGUUUGGAAACCUAUUACUAAUAAUUGCUGGUAAUUACCGGAGCGAUUAGAAAGUGUAACCCGAAUAACCAAUCGCGUUUGAAAGUCGCGGUUAUGAUAUCACCGAUUGUUACCGAUGUAACCACUGUGUUAAAGCGAUUACGGCGGUUCUAUUGAAUUACUAGAUGGACACAUCAUAUCGUGUGACGAAUGUGGCCAUGAUUUUAAAAAUGAAGAAAUACAACAAAUUUUGUUUCCGUGGCACAAAGCGACCAAAAUCAGAAAGCCACGUCGUCCCAAAUUUUAGAUUGGGCAAGAUGGCAUGGUCAAUAGCCAGCAAAUGCUACGAAAUUAUUGAUUUCAUAGUUUGAACUAAACGAAGAUAAUUUUUUCUUCGAUACUUGUCCAAAAAAUUCUACAAGUUAAUUUUCAUCUUUUGAUGAACUUGUCGAAUCUUCGUUGUCAUAUGAUUCUGAAUCGAUAUUCGAGAGCAAUGACAAUUAAUAUCAUCUUUCCACCAUGUUGAACACAAAAUAACUAGUGUUUUUAAACGAAUUACUAACAAGUCGUCAUAAAAUACUAAUUCAGCUCAAUGCUCUACGACUCUAUGCUAAUAACGUUUCAAACGAAAGAAAGAGUUAACAUUGUAACAUAAUCGUCCUCCGGCGAUAUCGAUGUUUCUAAAUUCACUCGAAUGUAUAAAUUGUAGAUUAAAGGGUGAAAUGACUCAAAUAAUUGUCCACCAGAAGCACUCAGAAAAAUAUUUCGCAUAAGGUGUAACUUCGAAUUUUGCAAUGAACUCUUACGUGUCCUGCCAGUGUUUGAAUCGUCCAUUACAAAAUUGACGAAGCGUUUUAGUAUGAAUUUCUUGGUGCG